CCCAGCGCUAUUCUCAUCUGGUUGCCCCGGGAGUUCCAGCGCUCUCGGUACAACCUGUUCCUCCGUCCUCCCCACUGUCUCCCCUCAGCCCUCCCCUCGCCUGCUCGGGGCCCCAAGCUGUGCCCUCGGAGAGACACCCGCUGCCCGGGUACCGAGAGGGGAGGCAGGAGGAGGCGGAGGGGCGGGGAGGAGCACGAGGGGCGGGCGGGGCGCGGGCGCCCAGGGUGGAGACCGAGCGGCGCGGCGCAGGCAGAGAGGGGCGGCUGGAGGCUGCUCUUCGGGAAGGAGGCUCUCGGCUGCUUGGUAACGGGCUGCCAGGACCGAGAGCAAGGCAGAGAGCAGGGCAGCGUCCUCUUGACGUCAGGACCCAGCGAGCGGAUCGCGCCAGCAACCCCAGCCGGCCCCACAGAGCGCCCGGCCGACGGCGGGAGAGGAGCCGGGCAGCAGGUGCUCAAGGCGAGUGAUUGGGGGGGCGGGGCGGUGGGACCACAGGGGCGCAGCAUGCCCCGGGCCCCGGGGCCAUGGAGAUCUCCCUGGUGCCCCUGGAGAACGGCGGGGCCAUGACUGUCAGAGGAGGUGGCGAGGCCCGGGCAGGCUGUGGCCAGGCCACGGGGGGAGAGCUCCAGUGCCCCUCGACGGCUGGGCUCAGCGAUGGAGCCAACGAACCCCCGCGGAAGAGGUGCGGCGCGCAGAGGGGCGCGGGGCCGGGAGGGCGGCCGGUGCCACCGCUGCCCCGGGAGCAGCCGCAGCCGCAGCCCAGACAGCUUCCAGUGCGGGACGAGGAGGCAGAAGGCGACCCCGCCCAGGGCCUGGCGGAGGACCCGGUGCAGAGCGCGGGGGCCCUUCACCACCAGCGCGUCCUCAUCAACAUCUCCGGGCUGCGCUUCGAGACGCAGCUGGGCACCCUGGCGCAGUUCCCCAACACCCUCCUGGGGGACCCGGCCAAGCGCCUGCGCUACUUCGACCCCUUGAGGAACGAGUACUUCUUCGACCGCAACCGACCCAGCUUCGACGGGAUCCUUUACUAUUACCAGUCCGGGGGGCGGCUGCGGAGGCCGGUCAACGUCUCCCUGGACGUGUUCGCAGAUGAGAUCCGCUUCUACCAGCUGGGGGACGAGGCCAUGGAGCGCUUCCGCGAGGACGAGGGCUUCAUUAAAGAAGAGGAGAAGCCCCUGCCCCGCAACGAGUUCCAGCGCCAGGUGUGGCUUAUCUUUGAGUACCCGGAGAGUUCGGGCUCCGCACGGGCCAUCGCCAUCGUCUCGGUCUUGGUCAUCCUCAUCUCGAUCAUCACCUUCUGCUUGGAGACCUUGCCCGAGUUCAGGGACGAACGCGAGCUGCUGCGCCAUCCCCCGGUGCCCCAAGCGCCCGCUGGGCCUGCCCGGGGCCACAACGGCAGCGGAGCCGUGGCGCCGCCCUCUGGCCCAACGGUGGCACCUCUCCUGCCCAGGACCCUGGCGGACCCCUUCUUCAUCGUAGAGACCACGUGCGUCAUCUGGUUCACCUUCGAGCUGCUCGUGCGCUUCUUCGCCUGCCCCAGCAAGGCAGAGUUCUCUCGGAACAUCAUGAAUAUCAUCGACGUGGUGGCCAUCUUCCCCUACUUUAUCACCUUGGGCACGGAGCUGGCCGAGCAGCCAGGGGGCGGCGGAGGGGGCGGCCAGAAUGGGCAGCAGGCCAUGUCCCUGGCCAUCCUCCGAGUGAUCCGCCUGGUCCGGGUGUUCCGCAUCUUCAAGCUCUCCCGCCACUCGAAGGGGCUGCAGAUCCUGGGCAAGACCUUGCAGGCUUCCAUGAGGGAGCUGGGCCUGCUCAUCUUCUUCCUCUUCAUCGGCGUCAUCCUCUUCUCCAGUGCCGUCUAUUUCGCAGAAGCUGACAACCAGGAGACCCAUUUCUCCAGCAUCCCGGAUGCCUUCUGGUGGGCCGUAGUCACCAUGACUACGGUGGGCUACGGGGACAUGCGGCCAAUCACCGUGGGGGGCAAGAUCGUGGGCUCGCUGUGUGCCAUCGCCGGGGUCCUCACCAUCGCCCUGCCGGUGCCCGUCAUUGUCUCCAACUUCAACUACUUCUACCACCGCGAGACGGACCAUGAGGAGCAGGCCGCCCUUAAGGAGGAGCAGGGCAGCCAGAGCCAAGGCACAGGGCCGGACAGCAGAGGCCAGCGGAAGGCCAGCUGGAACAAAGGGUCGUUCUGCAAGGGGUCCCUGGAAAAUGCAGAGGGAGUCCCGAGGGACAGCUGCUCCCUAGAGAAGUGUAACCUCAAGGCCAAGAGCAAUGUGGACUUGCGGAGGUCCCUGUAUGCCCUCUGCCUGGACACCAGCCGGGAGACAGAUUUGUAAGGGGGGCGGGGGGGAUCCAGGCUGACGGGUGGGGACAGCAGAGGCUGCUGAGCCCGAGUAUCUGCGUUAUACCACAGAGUAUUUCAAACCCACCCUCCAGCCUCAGUCUGCCCCUCUUCCCUUCCCUCCUUCCCUCUCUCCCUGGAUCCCCCCAUUUUUCCUCUUCUUUCCAUGACUUCAAGGGUCGCCUAUUUUUAAAAAGUACCACAUUCCAUGACGCAGGAGCUGUUAAAAUGGUGAGCGCUAUGAGAUGGAUGUAUUUGUAGCCAGUUUCCUAUACCCAGCAGAGGAAUAA